CUUAUUUUAUCGCGGUAUCUGAAAGUCCAAAAACCGCAAUGGCCCCUUCUGCUCAAGUUGAGAAUCCUGCUACGCCGCCCACAACUAUCCCGGUUGGCAAAGCGGCGCCCGCGGCUUCUGAGACAUUGCAGAGACAACCACUGAAGCUGAGCGGUGUCCUUGAUCAGUAUGAAUCGUUUGACGUGACUCCAGUUAUCGGAAGAGAGUUCCCCAAAGCGAACCUUAAGGAAUGGCUGCGUGCGCCCAACUCGGAUGAACUUAUCCGUGAGCUGGCCAUCACGGUCUCACGACGAGGAGUAGUAUUCUUCCGCGCCCAGGACGAUCUUGACAAUGACACGCAGAAGGAACUUGCCCAGCGACUGGGUGAGCUGUCUGGAAAGCCUAGCACGUCCGGACUGCAUAUUCAUCCUGUCAGCAACUCUCAACGGGAGUAUGGCGACAAGGAUAAUGAGAUCAGCGUCAUUAGUUCUGAGGGACACAAGAAGAUCUAUAAGAAUCGGUUCAAUGCGGACAGGAAGAAGCAGAGUCAUAAGGAGGGCUGGCACAGUGAUAUCACCUUUGAGCCCGUCCCUAGUGACUACGCCAUUCUGCGAUUGACGGAGCUUCCCAAAACUGGCGGAGGCGAGUAUUCAUUAUGAACUAGUCCUGAUAUUUAGGCUGUUUUUUUUUUCUGACAUAUGGACACAGACACACU